AUGUUGACGAACGUGCUUGUGCUGGUGUUGGUAUCCGUGCUGGCGUGCGUAUCCGCUGCAACCGUUGAUCCACGAUGUUCGCGCUACAGUAUGGGAAUGGAGGCGCAGGUGCUUUCGUACCCGCAGGAUUGCCGUAAAUUCGUAAUCUGUGAUAUGGGCGGCAAUGGGCAGGUGUUGCCGUGCCCGACCGGUCUUUACUUUAGCGAUGCCGUACAUGCCUGCUCGUACGAUGUUGAGUCCUGUACGCACGGUGAGUUAGAGGACAAUCGGCCGGAACAUGCGCUACCACAACCAUCCCUGCCGGUGCAACCUCAGCCCGUACCCGUGCCGAUACCGCAAGCGCCACAGGUUGUACCACUGCCAAUAGUACCCCUUCCGGAACCUCAACCGAUCCCGCUACUUCCCGUCGUACCACCGGUAGUUGAAGUGCAGGACGGACCAAAGCCUCAACCUCCGAACUGGCUACCGAUUGUCACCGCACCGCCUCCCGUUGCCGAAUCCUCAGAAGAACAACAGUCCGAAGUGGAGUCACUUCCACCGCAGAGUGUUUGCUGGGAUAAGGCGGCCGGUAAAGUUUACCCCAUCGUGCACGACUGUGGCCUGUACGUGGUGUGCAUGGGCGACAAUAAUGCGAUCGUGCAGCGCUGUCCGAAGGGUUUGCUGUACGAUCACAAGCAGCAGCGCUGCGAGUUUGCUGGCGCGUCCUUCUGUGCGACACCGCGCGUCGAUGGCCAGCUGGUGCUGGAUGUGCACGGUGUCGAUCUGAGUUUGGUCGAGGAAGAGGAACGUGCAGAUUCCCGCGAAUCAUAUGCCGUGCCAGUGGUGGUCCCGGUAAAGGAGAAUGUUGUCUCCCGUGUGUCCGAGUUGAUGCAGCAGGACCCGCCACAACCGAUACUGAUUGUGCCCGAGCCGGAGAAGAAUGGACCGGAACCGAUAGUCGAGUACCGUUUCCGCAUGAUCGACAAUCAUCCACGCUGUCUGGCACGAAGCAACAAUCAAGUGACCGUAGAGCUGCCGCACGAUACCGACUGUUCGAUGUAUCUGGUGUGCGUAGGACGGGUCGCGAUCGAGAAGAAAUGUCCGGCCGGGCAGCAUUGGAACGCAAAGCGCAACUGGUGCGAUUACGCUUCCGCAGCCGGUUGCAUCGCAUUCUCUAGUGAUGGGGAACCACACCAGACCUGCUUCGUCGGAGGGUCCGUAUCCGGAACGGGACAGUCCGGAUUUGGCAGACAGGCAGGAUCCUCACAGGUGGGCGGUACGGCCGGUGUGCAUUCGGCCAGCUCCGGUGUCACACAGCGUUGGAAAAGGCUGCUGUACCACGUGCCGAUUGGGCACUCGGUUUCGCACGCGUAUCCGUACGUGUUGCAGGUGAAGUAUGCAUCGCACCGGCUGGGAUGUGGGAACAGCUUCGGUGGUACGAUCGGGUCACAGCCUACCGGGCACCGCAGAUCUAGGAAGCAGCCCGGUUCACAAAUAUCCUCCGGCAGUGCAAUGUUACCAUCGUCAUCGUCAUUCUCAUCGUCGUCCGUUCCCGGCAGCAGCGUGCUUGAUAUGGGAGGCUCAACAGCGUUCGAAGCGCAUUCUGCCUGUUGUGGCCAAACGCAAACCCUCAUGUUGGCGUGGAACAGCAAAUUGGACGGACAGGAGAAUAGUGCCGAACCGUACUGUGUGCAUUGCUCGCUCGUUACCGUAUUGUUUGGUGACGGAGUUGGUUCCGCUUCCGUGGGCUCAUCCGUAACGUCCGUUAUCUCAAAUUCCGUUGUGGAGGACUCGUCUAUUACUGUGGUGUCUGGUGACGCAGUCGGUUCCACCGAGGAGGACUCAUCCGUUACAUCCGGUGUCUCAUCGGUGCUGUUACCAGAGUCCGUUGUGCUUGGCUCUUCUGUUACUGUAGUGUCUGGUGAUGCAGUUGGUUCCACUGAGGAAGAUUCAUCCGUUAUUUCCUCGGUGUUACCAGAUUCCGUUGUGCUUGGCUCUUCCGUUACUGUAGUGUCUGGUGACGGCGUUGGUUCCACUGAGGAAGAUUCAUCCGUUAUUUCCUCGGUGUUACCAGAUUCCGUUGUGCUUGGCUCUUCCGUUACUGUAGUGUCUGGUGACGGCGUUGGUUCCACUGAGGAAGAGGAUUCUUCCGUUACAUCUGUUUCUUCUGUCCCUUCCGGUGUAGUUGUCCCAUCGGUAGUACUAGGGCCCGUGGUAGUGGAUUCCUCUGGUGAUGCAGUUGGCACCGUUGGUGGUGGUGCUGUCGGUACGGUGGGGACAGUGAACGUACUAUCCGUGGAUUCCGCGGUAGAUGAUAGCGUAGUCGUUAUGGGUUCACCUGUACCGGUGAGCGUAACGGUUGGAUUAGACGGAUACGUGGGACUCGGUGUAGUCGGCAUGGUUGGACCGGGAGGGUUCUCGCUCGAAACAGUCGACGUAAAUGCAGGAUCACAUUGGGCCGUCUCUGGUGCAGUUGUGACUGCUGUCGUCACUCUGUUGCUGGCCAUCGGGCUGGAGGCAAAAGUGUUGGCAAUACUUGAUCCACGCUGUCCCCGGUUCGAUGAUCCGGAAAAGACGGUUCAUCUGACACAUCCGACCGACUGCAACCGGUUUCUGGUGUGUUCGUCCGGUGUGGCGUACGAGAUGCGCUGUCCGGAUGGAUUGGAGUACGAUAUCGAGCAGCGCAGCUGUGACUACGACUAUUUGGUCCGCUGUUCGGUUGAUGGGCGCACCCAGGUGCAGCAGGCUAACUACGGGUUCGAGAUGCCGUUGGAGCAGCUCGUACUGAAUCGUCCCUCGUGGAACGAUCUGCAGGAGCAGCGCGUUGACGCUCCAGUGCCGCAGUACAAACCGGCGGUCAGUGUCGUUGAUGCACGGUGCCCCCGUACGGAUGAUCCGUUGAAACCGAUACAUCUGCCACGUACGGGUAACUGUAGCAAGUUUAUGAAGUGUUUCGGAGGCCGCGCUUACGAGAUGGACUGUCCGGCUGGGUUGGAGUUUGAUGUGAAGAAUAAUCGGUGCGACUAUCCAGCGCUAGCUCGCUGUACCCGCGUGUGA